UGUCUCAACUGGCUCUCGACGGCGCAGUUUAUUUAUUCGCAGUAAGCCAUGUUAAAAAAACCCAUUUUUUCUUGACAAUUAGUUUUAGUAUUUGGGGAUGAAGAGAACACAGGUAAUGUUGACGUUACCUUAACGUUACUCGACGCUAGCUAGCUAGCUGCUCGGCUAACGGUAAUGCGUCAUGCUAGCUAACCUACCACGAGGUUUUAAAAUGUUUGCGGUAAUGUUAAGACGUUUUAGUGGACAACUGGAUUUACUUAUACUAAGCAAACUUGUCACACACAUUCCUUAUAAGAUAAUAUUCCCAAAUUAGCGUUAUACAGCGUUAAAAAAAAAAAAUCACCAGUGUAACGUUAACCGCAUUAACAGCAUCUUUUGGCAGAACCCAAAGAGGGAUGACCUUUCCUAGACACUUCAUACUCUACUACUCCAUCCUAAAGAGCUGCUACGAGGAUGUCUGGCUCUACCCAAGAAGAAGAGGAGUUGCCUGCCAAUCACACAGGUCCAAAAGGCGUAAUUAAUGACUGGCGAAGGUUUAAGUUGGACAGUGUAGAUCAGACUGCCCCCCAAAGAAAAAGAGAGCUGCUCAGACAAAUGUCCAGUCCACGAGAGGAUGACAAGGAGAGACUCAACAGAAAGAUGAGUGUGCAGGAGUACGAACUCAUCCAAGACGAGGAUGAACGUUGCCUGAAACGCUACAGAAAACAGUGCAUGCAGGAAAUGCACGAGCGCCUGAGCUUUGGUCCGACGUUUGAAGUUGUCUACGAGCUUGAAAGUGGAGAAGCCUUCCUGGAAGUGAUAGAGAAGGAACAUCGGUUGACCCCAGUGGUAGUCCACAUCUACCAGCACGGUGUCAAAGGCUGUGAACAGCUGAACUCAUGUCUGGACUGUCUGGCUUCGGAGUACCCCAGUGUUAAAUUUUGUCGCAUUGAUGCUGUGGCAACAGGUGCUGCUGAGCGCUUCUCCUCUGAGGUUCUUCCUGCCUUGCUGGUUUACAAAGCUGGUGAGUUACUGGGUAAUUUCCUGGCUGUUACCAAACACUUCAAUGAAGACUUCUUUGCAACGGAUGUGGAGGCGUUUCUCAAUGGAUACGGCCUGUUACCUGAGAAGGAGUUCACAGCCUGUGCUGAGGAUGAGGAUGAGGGAGGCGACGUGGAAUAGAAAGAGAAGGAAAGACAAAAGAGAAGAGGAUGAUAGUUGAGAGAAGGGGACAAAAGGAGGAAUUGUAGUAGAGGGAAGUGGAAUAAAGUAGAGAAAGAGGAAAGAGGAAGAGGGGACAAUGGAAGGGAGUGCAGAAGAAAGGAAGUGUGGACAAAAAGAAAGGAGGGGAGAACGACAAGUGGGACAGUGUCUCACUCAUGACACACACAAACAAAUGAGUUAAACACACAUAAUAGUAAAAAACCCACCAGAUUGUAUUUAGAAACAGUUAGACCACAUGGUGUGGGAAAGUAUGUGCAGAAAUACUGCUUUCCAAUAAAAAAUACUCUAGCAAA